AUGCUAAGACACUUUACCACCGAUGCCCUGGAAGGGUUGUGCACUGAAGACCAACUUGAUCUGUUGAAUUCUGUGGAUACUCUCCGUUCACAGGGCAUCAGUCAUUAUAUCUCGCUGCCACAGAUUAUUGUGUGUGGCGAUCAAUCCUCAGGAAAGAGUUCGGCGUUGGAAGCCAUCUCUGGCGUUUCCUUUCCCGUUAAGAGCAACCUGUGUACUCGAUUUCCAACCGAGUUAGUGCUCCGCAAGUGUCCGCAGAUAGGAGUGAGCGUAUCAAUCGUCCCCCAUGGCUCCCGAAGUGAGUCCGAACAGCGUUCGCUUGAAACCUUUCGUGAAACGCUCGAUAGCUUCGAAGGCUUUCCGGCACUGGUCGAGAAAGCUAAGGCGGCCAUGGGGAUCUCGACACAUGGGAAAGCCUUCUCUAAAGAUCUCCUUCGCGUCGAAGUUUCGGGGCCCGAUCGUCCGCACCUUACAAUCGUGGAUCUCCCCGGUCUCAUACAUUCCGAGACCAAAAAGCAGUCUGCAUCGGAUGUUGAACUGGUACAGGAUGUCGUCCGCGCCUACAUGAAAGAACCACGAAGCAUUAUCCUCGCUGUGGUAUCCGCCAAAAAUGAUAUUGCCAACCAGAUUGUACUGAAACUCGCGCGUGAAGUCGAUGUAUCAGGCCAUCGGACGCUAAGGGUCAUUACAAAACCUGAUACGCUGGCUGUCGGGUCGGAUAGCGAAUCAACCUUUGUCGCUCUCGCAAAAAACCAAGAAGUUGAGUUUCGUCUUGGAUGGCAUGCCUUGAAAAACAUGGACUCUGAUAAGGGGUCACCAUCCUUGGCCGAACGGGAUUCCGAGGAAAGGCUAUUUUUCUCUCAGGGCAUUUGGGAAGACAUGCCCCGGUCGAGUUUAGGCAUCGAUAAAUUACGGGGAAGACUGAGCAAAGUUCUUCUAGGUCAGAUUGCAGCGGAGUUGCCCAGCCUGAUCGAAGAAAUCAAUGCUCAGAUUGACACUGCACACCGCGAGUUAGAGAAACUUGGAGAGCCUCGGGCAUCAUUGCAGGAGCAAAAAUCUUAUCUCCUCCAGAUUAGCCAAUCCUAUCAGUCUUUAGUUAAAGCAGCCGUCGAUGGUACUUACAACGAGCCCUUUUUCGAAGAAACCACCGCGAACAUUGGCUAUCAGAAACGUAUACGUGCGGUGAUACAGAAUCUCAAUCAAGAUUUUUCAGAUAAAAUUAGCCAAUACGGCAACUAUCGCCAAAUUGUGAAGAACGAGAGUACUGAAUGCCUGAACGAGCACCAAGUUUAUAUCACUCAUGGAGGAUUCGUUCGUCACAUAGAAGCACUUUUGAAAACGUCGAAGGGCAGGGAGCUACCUGGAACUUUCAAUCCUAUGAUUGUGAAAGAUCUGUUUUUUGAACAAUCAGCUCCGUGGGAGAAACUUUGUCGCGAGCAUAUCACGAUGGUCUGGGAGGCUGCGAAAGACUUUCUCCACCUGGCCAUUACCCAUACUGCUGAUGCUACUACCACAAAAAAGGUUUUGCAAGACGUGGUAGAGCCUUCUUUAAACGAGUUGCUGAAAAUGCUGAACAGCAAGACUAGUGAGCUGCUUGCACCACACAGAAGAGGCCACCCAAUUACUUACAAUCACUAUUUCACGGAAACAUACCAGAAGACACGGAACGAACGGCAGAAAGCCGAGUACGCCACAAUCUUAAAGGACUUCUUUAGCAUAUCUUCUCUCGACACUGAAUACAAGGAACUACGCUCCGACGAUAGCUUACACCAGCUUCUUGAUUCCCUUGUCGAACGCACGGAGCCGGACAUGAGAUUUUUCGCCGCUAGUGAGGCCUUGGAUUACAUGAUGGCUUAUUACAAGGUUGCUUUAAAACGGUUCAUUGACGAUGUUGCGAUCGAAAUUAUUGAAAUGAAGCUCGUUUCGGCACUGGGUGCCAUACUCUCUCCCAUUACUGUGUUCAAUAUGCCAGACGAUAUCGUAACGCGGAUCGCAGGCGAGUCAGAAGAACACCGUGCUGAACGAGAGGAAUUGAACAAACAGCUUGACAUCCUCGCAAAAGGAGCUUUUACGUGCAAACAAUUCAUUGGCAACCGUGGUCUUUUUAAAGAUCUGGAGGGAAUUUUACAGCAACUGCACAGUAUACAGGCACCAACAACGGCUUUGAUUGGUGCUGUUGAUGGUGGGCCCGCAGUCGAUGUUCGCGCCCGCCACGCUGAAUUCGGUGGACCAUUUAGGACCGAGUCUGAGUUCAAUAAUUGGCUUGUCUCUCUAAUCCACCCGGAAUCGAAGCAGUAUCGCGGUCUAUUCUACAUCGAUACAAUCCAAAAUUGCCUGAGAAAAUAUAACCACCAACUAAGAUUUGCACAUGGUGACCUUGGGCUCCACAACAUCCUCGUCAGUGAAGACGGCAUGGUUACAGCAAUUAUCGACUGGGAGUUCGCGGGCUGGUAUCCAGAAUACUGGGAGUAUAUCAAAAUGAUCCAGUUUUCACGCGAUCCUGCCUUCAGGUAUUUUGCGAGGGGCUGUUGGAAAGAUGAAACAGGGGACCAGGUGUUUUUUGAUGAGGAAUAUGUUCUUGAUCAGAUGCUGGACAGCCAGAUCAGGCAUGGGGAACGGGUUCUCAAACGGCCUCGUUAG